AUAAAAAUAAAAAAAAGAGAUAAAAUUGGUAAAGGGGAACUGUGAUAGAGUGGUACAGAAAGGAAAAUAAAAAAUAAAAAAGAAAUCGAUGAAGAAAAACCCUAGAACCGGGAUCGAGAAGGCUGUGUAGAUGCAUGUCGGCGGAAUAACGUUGGAUCUGAAUUGGUUCCUGCAAUUCAUUUUCACGCUCUUCAUUUUCGCAUUUGUGUCUCUUCGCUUGCUGAAGAACACGGCGUCGAAAUACUUCGAGGUCGACGCCAAUUUCGAUCGGGACCAACCAAUGCCUUCCAUCCCCAUGGACGCCGAUCACUUCCCUUGCGCCGUAUGCUCUAAUCCCGCCUUCAAGAAGUGCUCUCGUUGCAAAUCCGUUCGUUAUUGCUCCUCAGCCUGCCAACAGGUGGACUGGAAGGAUGGGCAUAAGACAAAGUGCAAAGUAAAUUCAACACAAACUACAACCACGAAACCGUUUUCAGGAGUUGCUCUGGUUCCUGUCAGUGGAACCUCUAAGAUUAUCAAGAAACCGAGAAAGGUUAAUCUUUUGGCCCUUUGUAAAACCAAUAUAAGUAAAUAUGAAAUUCAUAUUCAAAAUUUUCAGGUUCUUUUCCCAUACGAUGAGUUUGUAAAGCUUUUCAACUGGGAGAAACCAGGAUUCCCUCCAUGUGGACUCUUAAAUUGUGGAAACAGUUGCUUCGCUAAUGUUGUUCUGCAAUGCCUUGUUUCCACUCGUCCGCUUGUUGCUUACUUGUUGGAGAAAGGCCAUCGGAAAGAAUGCAGACGCAAUGAUUGGUGCUUUAUGUGCGAAUUUCAAAUUCAUGUCGAACGAUCAAGACAAAGUUUGCAUCCAUUUUCACCAAUCAAUAUUCUGUCACGGUUGCCUAAUAUUGGAGGUAAUCUUGGUUAUGGAAGACAAGAGGAUGCUCAUGAAUUCAUGAGGUUUGCUAUUGACACGAUGCAAUCAGUUUGCCUUGAUGAAUUUGGUGGAGAAAAAGCUGUUGACCGCAGCUCUCAAGAGACAACUCUUAUUCAGCAUAUAUUUGGUGGUCAUCUGCAGUCUCAGGUGAUUUGUACUAAUUGCAAUAAGAUUUCAAAUCAGUAUGAAAAUAUGAUGGAUUUGACUGUUGAAAUUCAUGGAGAUGCUUCAUCAUUGGAGGAAUGCCUUGACCAGUUCACCGUUAAAGAGUGGCUUCAUGGAGAUAAUAUGUACAAAUGUGAUGGCUGCAAUGACUACGUUAAGGCAUGGAAGCGCCUUACCAUACGAUGGGCUCCUAACAUUCUUACAAUUGCCUUGAAAAGAUUUCAGAGCGGCCGAUUUGGAAAACUCAACAAAAGAGUCAGCUUUCCUGAGACGUUGGAUCUUAGCCCGUACAUGAGUGAGAGUGAAGAUGGGGAUGAUUCCAAUAUUUACAAACUUUAUGCGGUUGUUGUCCACGUGGAUAUGUUGAAUGCAUCCUUUUUUGGUCAUUACAUCUGCUAUACCAAAGAUUUCUCUGGAAACUGGUACAGAAUUGAUGACUGUAAGGUUGCGAGGGCUGAAUUGGAAGAGGUACUUUCUCAGGGAGCAUAUAUGCUUUUAUAUAGCAGGGUCUCUGCACGCCCAUCGUGUCUUAGAACCUCUGGAAUCAACUCUGAAGCAGAUCAUUGCUCAAAGGAACAGAUUGAAUGUGUACCUGGAAAAGAGUCCAUUAGCUCUCCCAGUCGCCGCAUGUCCCUGUCAAUGAAUGGUAGUUUGCAUUCAGAAGUCCCUAGACGUGAAAUUGGGUCAUCUAUUGGAAUGAAUGCAGAUGUUGUUCCUGGGCAUGAGAACGGUGAUGUGGCUAACUCAACGUCAUCUCUUUCUAAGGAAGUUUCGUCCAAAGAGAAUGGAUCGUGUUUCCAGAUUGAUUUGGGAGCUAUCAGAACAAACGGUGAAGAUAGGGAUAGUGUUAAUUCUAUAGCUGUGAGAGAAAAUGUGGAGAACAUGGACUGGACAAGUAGCCAGCCAUGUUCUUCUAAUACAAAGGAGGCUCCCAGCUGCGAUAAAGAUAUGAGUUCUGAAGCUGAAAGAGAGGCAGAAAAUUCAAGGAUGGUUGAAGUGAAGCCGCAAUAUUUACCGGUUUCAAAAGAAAUAAAAAGCUGCGAGCAAGAUCCUCAGGUAGCGAUCAAUUAUGUAAAGGGAGAUUCAGAAGACAUAAAUAUGGCGAAUUCUGAAUCAAAUUCUUCUAUAGCAGGGGAUAACAGCCUGAAACAUGAAGUGUUGAUACAGGGUUCAGAAACUUUUGGAAGGGAAUGGGGUAGAGAGAGCUGAAAUUGCAGAUGGCAGUUUGCAAUAAUUGGCUGCAAUUUCUAGUUAAAUCAUAUUUUUUUAUCUUUAUUUUUAAAAAUUUAAUCAUCAUCCCAUGAUCAAAAGGAAAUGGAUGAAGGUGGUGGGUGGGUUCUUUAUCUGGGGUUUCAUUAUUUACAGAAAUCUUAGAUGCUAUUGUACCAAUUUUUAGAUGGUUCAUAUAACCAUUUUAGGUUGACAAUGACAUAAUGUAAGAAUGUGGUUGCGAUUAUUAGCUAUUUAUUUGCUAAUAAAUUUAGAUCAGCCCUUUAAUUAA